UCCCGCUUAAGGGAGACGGCGCGGCGGUGCGGGCGCGGCGGCGGCGGGAUGGAGGCGGCAGGCGCGGGCUUCCGGAAGGAGCUGGUGAACAAACUGCUGUUCUUUCACUUCAAGGACGACAAGACCAAAGUGGGCGGGGACGCACUGCAGCUCAUGGCCGAGCUUCUCAAGAUCUUCGUGGUAGAGGCGGCCAUUCGCAGCGUGCGUCAGGCCCAGGCAGAGGACCUGGUCCGCGUGGACGUGGAGCAGCUGGAGAAAGUGCUGCCUCAGCUGCUCCUGGACUUCUAGGGGCACCUUCGCGGCAGCUGUCCUGUGCCCCGUGUCGUUGGUCUCAGGCAGGACGGCGUCGAGGAGCUGCAGCGGGCCAUGCCCUGCCUUGCUACUGG